GAAGAUUCUUGGGGCUAUAAAGAUGAAGAGUCUACUUCUUCUGGUGCUGAUUUCAGUCUGCUGGGCUGAUCAUCAUUCAAACAACUAUACUCUGGACCAUGACAGAGUUAUUCACAUCCAAGCAGAAAACGGCCCUCGUCUACUUGUGGAAGCAGAACAAGCCAAGGUGUUCUCACACAGAGGUGGCAAUGUUACACUGCCAUGUAAAUUUUAUCGAGACCCUACAGCAUUUGGCUCAGGAAUCCACAAAAUCAGGAUUAAGUGGACCAAGCUAACUUCAGAUUACCUCAAGGAAGUGGAUGUUUUUGUUUCCAUGGGAUACCACAAGAAAACCUAUGGAGGUUACCAGGGCAGAGUGUUUCUCAAAGGAGGCAGUGACAAUGAUGCUUCCCUGGUGAUCACAGACCUCACCCUGGAUGACUACGGGAGAUACAAGUGCGAGGUGAUUGAGGGGUUAGAAGAUGAUACUGCUGUGGUAGUACUGGACUUACAAGGUGUGGUAUUUCCUUACUUUCCACGACUGGGGCGCUACAAUCUCAAUUUCCACGAGGCGCAGCAGGCCUGUCUGGAUCAGGACGCUGUGAUCGCCUCCUUUGACCAGCUGUAUGACGCCUGGCGGGGCGGGCUGGACUGGUGCAAUGCGGGCUGGCUCAGCGACGGGUCUGUGCAGUACCCCAUCACGAAGCCCAGAGAGCCCUGCGGGGGCCAGAACACGGUGCCUGGCGUCAGGAACUACGGCUUUUGGGAUAAAGAUAAAAGCAGAUAUGAUGUUUUCUGUUUUACAUCCAACUUCAAUGGCCGUUUUUAUUACCUGAUCCACCCCACCAAGCUGACCUAUGAUGAAGCGGUGCAAGCUUGUCUCAAUGAUGGUGCUCAGAUUGCGAAAGUGGGCCAGAUAUUUGCUGCCUGGAAACUUCUCGGAUAUGACCGCUGUGAUGCGGGCUGGUUGGCAGAUGGCAGUGUCCGUUACCCCAUCUCUAGGCCAAGAAGGCGCUGCAGUCCCACUGAGGCUGCAGUGCGCUUCGUGGGUUUCCCAGAUAAAAAGCAUAAGCUGUAUGGUGUCUACUGCUUCAGAGCAUACAACUGAGUGUGCCCCUACAGCACAUCAGUUUUAGUCAUUAAGAACAUGUGAAAGGUUUUUUUUCAAUAUGAACUCAUGCAAGUUACCAAAACUGUGAUAACCCUUUUUUACUUACUGUAAAGAGUCAUUUUCAUAAAGAUCAAUUCAUUAAUUUGUUUUUGUAAAGCUAUCAUUCAAUAUAUAUUAUAAAUUAAUAUAAUUUUAAGGGAAGCUCUACAUAAAGAGGCUUUAGAGCCAAACAGUCUAAGCUAUGUCAUCCCAACAAAGUAUUCCUUCAUGAACGGGGCAUGCAAUAGCUUGAGAAUUGCUAGGAUUAAGGUAAGAAUAGUAAGUAAAGCUACUCAGAGCAGCAGCUUCUACAAGCACAAAUUUUACACAUUUAUACAAUUUUGAAAUGCACUAUAAAAAAACAAGUUAGAGCAACAGAUUUGAAAUACAGUCUUCUUUACAUAAACAGAUU